UUUGCCUCAUCUGGUCCUUUUAAGCCGGCACAUUUUGGAGGGAGGUCCCUGCGAAGCGUAUACAAACACUCAGUCAAGCAUCCACACUCACCCCCACACGCUGCACUAAUAGUCAGCAGAGGAUACACUCUUCACCCAUUCCUUCACACAGAACAGGAAGUUGAAGUGACCUGACAUCAAGAUGGCAACAAAGGGAGUCGGCAUGGCAAACAAGGGUCCAUCUUACGGGAUGAGCCGGCAGGUUCAGGAGAAGAUCGACAGCAAGUAUGACCCUGAGCUGGAGCAGAUCUUGGUAGAGUGGAUCAACCUCCAGUGUGGGUCCGGUGUGGGCAAGCCGGAGCCGGGAAAAAUGGGUUUCCAGGCUUGGCUUAAAGAUGGAUGCAUCCUGAGUGAGCUGAUCAACAGUCUGUUCCCCGGGGACAAGCCAGUGAAGAAGAUCCAGAGCUCUCCUAUGGCCUUCAAACAGAUGGAGCAGAUCUCCCAGUUCCUUAAUGCUGCUGAGAAGUACGGCGUUACCAAGACUGACAUGUUCCAGACUGUGGACCUGUGGGAAGGUAAGGACCUGGCGGCAGUGCAGAGGACCCUGUCAGCUCUGGGCAGCUUGGCUGUCACCAAGAACGAAGGCACCUACAGCGGAGACCCCAACUGGUUCUUCAAGAAGUCCAUUGAGAACAAACGCGACUUCACUGACGAACAGCUGAAGGCAGGGAAAAAUGUGAUUGGCCUACAGAUGGGGUCCAACAAGGGUGCCUCUCAGGAGGGCAUGAGCUAUGGAAGACCCAGACAGAUUCUCUGAAAUCACUGAGCCACAUUACCUAAAACCUCUACAGCCCCUCAACCCUCAUGCCCCUUACAACCGCUUAGAGCCCCAAAGCAUCUAAUCGGUUCGCUAAACCCCCUUUUCUGCUUCAGAACUCCACUAGUUGCAACAGUUCAGUCCCCAAACCUUCACCACCUCCAAGUACAACCCCCUAGUUUCAACACUUUUCCUGAACCCCUUACAUAGAUCCAUGCACUUGCCAACACUGCAAUGCUCACCCUGCUUUAUCCUUUUUGCUGCGAUUAGCAGCAGUCAAACUCAAUCUUUGUAGGCUUUAUAGUACCCUAAAUCCGGAACCAGCAAAUACAUGCAAUGAGUACACUUUCCUUGGACAUAAAACCCUGAGAAAAUCUCAUACCAAAGUCAAGCUGUUCCUUUCUCAUACAUUAAGUGGACUGGGAGAAAGAUUAAGAAGCAACAGUCAUGUGACAGAAAACUGACCACUGUUUUCAUAUCAUAGAAAACCAAUGUCUGAAUUAUGGCAUCUGCUCCUGACAUAUCCAAACUGGUUCUGGAGUGUGACUCAAACAUCAAGAUGUCUUAAGCGUACUUAGGGGACGCUCUUUGCAAAUUGAGUGGCGAUACAAACCAUGGCGUAUUAAUAUUUUGUCAGUUUACCUGUUGCAUUGAUCUAUUCUUACUUCUUGCAGAAUGCUAUGCCUGCUGUAUCAGCUCCAAUAUUUUUGUACAUUGUCUUAUUAAAUAAUGACUUUGAAAUACA